AAAAAUUACAUAUCGUGUCCAAAAACCACUAAAUUGAUCAUCCCAAUCAAUCUUGACAAGUAAUUUUAAGAAGUUUUAGAAGCGUAUAAUACAUGUUAUCUGGACAUUCAUUUUCAAGUAUCCACAUAUCUACUAAAUCAGUACCACUUUCAGAGCUUCAAGAGUCAUAUUCAAAUGCCGAAAUAUCUUUUCAAGCCAUCAUAACGGUCGGUUUGCAUAUCUAAAACUGCAUUUUCUCUAUCUUCAUGUGUUCAGCUCUUCUCUUCCCCCAUAUGUUCAUCUCUCUCUCUCUCCACAUCCUCAAAUCUUUUGCACAUACAAAGUGACAAAUUAUCUCUCCUCACUCUCUUUCUCUCUCUAGCGGCAUAUAGAGAGACUAGAUAGGCUCACUCACUCUCUUGUGGCAGAUAGAGACACUGCAUAGCUCUCUCUCUCCCCCUUAUCCUAUAUCUCCACCACAAAAAAAACCAAAACCAUUAGAGCCCCUCCCACCAAACACCCUCUACCUCAUCUCAUGGCUCCCUCUCCCCAUUGGAUUCAAUGGCAAUCCCCAUCUUCCGAUACACGCCGACUCCGGCACCAUUUUCCGGUACCACAAGUGGUUUCCGGCAACCACAUGCAUCAAAGUCUAUCAAAUUUCUCAGCCAAACCAAGCUAAGGAGUAGAAUAAAAUGUGGACUACAAGAUUUCAUAGGGGGUGACCUAGUGAAACCAGACUUGGGCAAAUGGCUCUCUGAUGUGGAGGAACACAAGGCAUUAGCUAUUUACCCACCUCAUGAGGGAGGAUACGAGGGUCGCUACUUCACAAGGUUGAGAUACCAAGGUUACUACUUCCUCGACCUCUCGGCCCGAGGACUCGGUGAUCCAGAGACCACACUAACCAAGAUACACCCUGUUUGCCCGGCUCAUUUGGGCAGGCAGCCUAUAGCUAGAUGGUACUUCCCCCCAGAGGUAGACUACAGGCUCUCUCUCCUCCCACCAAAUGCCAAAGGCCUAGUAGUUUGGAUAAUGGAAGCCAAGGUGCUAUCCAAAGCUGAACUCCAAUUCCUAGCUUUACUUCCAAGCCUGCGCCCCAAAGUCAAAGUGAUUGCUGAGUGUGGUAACUGGGGCAUGAUCAUCCAGGAGAUCCCUCAUAUUUGGUUCUGUAAUCUUUAGACUCAAAAUCUGAAGGUGAUACGACAGUGAUUACCAACCCACAACCUACCAUCCCCCUACUCAGUAACUAGCAUGCCUUUUUUUUUUGAACAUCAGUAACUAGCAUGCUACCACCCAUCAAAUUUCUAAUCUGAUGGUUCGGGAGGGAACCCCCACGUAACCAAAUACAAGAGAAUUCCAAUUUGAUCAUCUCCUUCAAUUAAUAAUCUCUUUGAAUUCCCAUAGUUUCUUUGAAAAACAUUCAAUUUUCUGCACCCAUGAUACUUACAAGAAUCAGUGAUCAGGAGAAAGUUUGUGUGGAGACCGCUUAAAGAGAUUGCUGCCCUACCACCUGUUGAAGCAUGACUCUUGUCAAAGGAACAAACGUCUGAGGUUUCUAUAUAUAUCCCUGCCCUAAAGUUCCAUGCCUUCAACAAACUGGUAAUGCCAAAGCAACAGGAAAAGGAAGCCAAAAAUUCCAGCAUAUCCUGUAGAAUUCAGAUGUACAUCAUAUCAUGUUUCAUGAUCAACUCAGCAACAACAUAUCUAACAACUUUAGUUGUUCUACAAAUAAAGAAUAUAAUAGCGUAGCCUCUUAGAGCACACCACAUACUUAGUCCCUUGAAGAAGCCGCAGAACAGAAAGUUAUGAGGAUUUUUCUCCGA